AUGGACGAAGUCUGCCCCAGCCUUUUUGACGAUAUUCUCGAAGGAAUACCAGAAGAUAAAGGUGCUAACGAUCCUGUGGGCGAUGAGGGAAUUUCUCUGGGAGAAGAGGAAAAUGGCAAAAAACAGCAUAGAAGUGCUUCUGUCGUUCAUUUUGCUAUGAUGGAAAAUACAAGAAAAAUUCAAGAUUCUAAAAAGCGCAAUGCCAAACUCUGGAAACUAGCCGCUGAUCGAGGCUUGGAUGAAUCGCUGAAAACCGACUGGUCAAAGAUCGUCGGAGAUGAACCAGUUGAAGUUGCCAAACGACUUCGAUUCGAUGGGCGAAAAUGGUCGGAAGAUAAAAUCAAACUUCGAAUACAAAAAAGUCCUUUUGCAAAUGGUGCGAUGCGAGAAUGCUACAGAGCUCAAAAGCUCGGGAACUUUUCUCUGAAAGCCGACUGGAAGUAUGCCUCAAAUGUUGUUUUGAAAAAAUACAUCGAGGAGGUCGAGAAAUCCGUUCUUUUCGAAGACAUCACGCUUCAAAUGGAAGCCAAGCUCUGGGCGAACGAGUACAAUCGUCGAAACCCGCCAAAGAAAAUCGACGUCAUGCAGAUUUGCAUCGUCCAGCUCAUCGAUCGGGAUGAUGCUCCCUUCUUUCAAAUGGAAAAUUUCAUCGACGGAAAAUACGUGAAAUACAACUCGAACUCUGGCUUCAUCGGAAAUGAUCGAAUGACGCCACAAACAUUUUCGCACUUUUCAUUCGAAGUCUCCAACAGAGAGAAGAUGAUUAUCGACAUCCAGGGCGUAAAUGACCUUUGGACCGAUCCACAAAUCCACUCCGCGAAUGGCCUCGACUACGGAGACGGAAAUCUCGGUGUUCGAGGAAUGGCGCUCUUUCUCCUCUCGCAUACUUGCUCUUCCCUUUGCGAUUUCUUCAAUUUGCCCAAGUUCGAAAAACACGAGUCCGAAGAAGCAGGCUCCCAGCUUCACCAAGCUGUAAAAUCCACUCUCGCUUCAUUGACAAAAGUCGAAACUCAGAAGCGAAAAAGGUUCGAAAGCAGAACUUCUUCAAGACACGAUUCUGGGCUAGAAUCACUCUCGGAAGAGCCUAUCGAUCCUCGAAUUCGUCAUAUCUCAGCUUGCUCUCAAAUUUCGGAUGAUUCUGGUGCCUGCGGCUCGCUCUCGUUGAAAACUAUCGAAGAAGAAGUGAUUUCGCUAUCACCAAAAGUUUCCAAAGAAGAAAUUCUAGUUGAAAUCCACUACGCCAUCUGCCAGCUUUAUUGUCAAGAAAGAAUUGAAUUUUCAAACGAAGCGUCUAUUUUCCACCUGAUAAUCGCGGCCGAUGCUGGUCAUUUAGAAGCAUUGACGAUUUAUGCGAAGAAAUUGCUCGGAAUCCAAACGGAUAUUCUUGAAGAAAUCGUGGUCGAGCCCGAUCGAAAUGAAGGAUUCAAAUAUCUUGAAAAAGCUUCUGCUCUGGGCGAUUCUUACUCGACUUUUCUUAUCGCAAAUGCUUAUCGAACUGGCGAUGGUCUUCCCGAAGGAGUGGAAAAGAACUGGGAAAAGGCUUGCACACUCUUGACUCAACUGAUCGAUUCGAGGACUGAAAUAGGUGUUGCUGUUUACAAACUCAUGGAAGAAAAAGCAUCCAUGCUCCAAGAAGGGGGCCACGGACUCGAGGCCAAUCCCACCGAAGCCGCAGAGACGUUCGAAUGGGCGGCGGAAGAAGCCACCUGCGCGAUGAAAGGAAAACAGGCGGCGAAAUACUUCGAAAUGGCGGAAAUUGCCUGGAGCCUCGUUGAAUAA